GCAAAAUUGGUUCAGCCUGGUCUUUUCUUGUGGCAAUGACAUGUAGGUUCUCCUGGCAUGGAAAGACAAGAGCUAUAGCUGAUACAUAAUGCGACGUACGUGUAGAUAGCAAGUAUGGCAACUACAGAAAAGUUGCAGAAUGAGAUUCUCCUCAAGGAAGAGGCAUUUUUGAAAGAAGAGAAAGCUAAAUUAACUGAACAGCUCAACAAACUGAAGGUACAGACUGUCUUCACAGUACACUCGAUCUUUGUAGGUAGUGUAGAUUAUUAAGCUUAUUAUUUUUGGUAAUUCCCGGAAAAGUUGAGCAAACAGAUAGUAACAGAUCUCUUAAGAGUAUUUAAAAAAAAGGUGUGUUAGUGUAAUCGCGUGUGUUACACGCAUUAAAUAUAUUAAAGAAAAUGAUGUUAUCCAUUUUAUUCUAAUUACUUUGGUGGUUUUAGAGAUUUGUGUGCCCUGAUUGGUUGGGGAUUGCGUUGAAUGCCACUACAAUCAACAACAACAACAACAACAACAAAAAAGCAUGGACAUGAAAGCACCCUAAGCAGUGCUGAAUGCAUUUUUUUUUAGGGGGGUCAGGGUGUGAACAAUCUGGAUGCUUAAAUUUGGCAAAUGCCAGAAUUCCAUAUUGAACAUGAAAAUAAUACAAAUAAAAUACAGUCCUUGUUGUGGACAAAGAACUAGUAAAAACUUCCAAUUUGACUUAGCCAUUAGAGCAAUCAAACCGUGGCCUCAAUCAACUCUAACAUGUGUAGUUCAGUGUUACAUAAAGGAAAUAAAUGCUACACUAUGCACAUCAGGCUACUAUUUUGUGCUGUCCAUAUUUGGUGGACAAAUACCACCUGCCCCACCAGUAGCGCUGUGCUUGGUUGGUGCGUUACAGUUAAAAAUAAUGCUUUAAAUAACUGGGGUUUGUUUCAGUAAAACACCUGUAAAUUUUGGAGGCCUCAGUUUGGAUCUAAAAAUCCUAAAGUGCAGACCUCCCCUGGAUCCACCACUGGGCAAGACUUACUGUACACUCAUUCUAAUUUUGUGCUUUUUUCUUUGAAAAAUCACAGUCCUGAAGAUUCAUAUAAUAGUUUUCUAAAACCUCAUUUUUCUUUGAAGUAACCUUUUUGUUUACCUUUUAAAGUUUGCAGCAUUUGCUGAUGUCAUCUCUUGUAUAUCAUCUCCGUCUGUUUUAAUCUUUUUACUAGGUUGAGGAGAUGGCUCUUAUGAAGUUACUGAAACCAGACAAUGAACCAUCUCAUCAUACCACAUUGGAGCUGUUUGCCAAAAAGCCUCAACUUGUAGGUUUAUGUGAAAUUUUUGACUUUUUCCUAUCUGUUCCUUUAACUCUUUCACCCUGGAAAUUUUGCCAAAAAACACUGUUUUUCACCAGUGGAGCCUUUUUCUGCACUCUAUCUAGCCAAAAAGAAGUAAACCCCCAAAUUGUUUUUUGCAAAGUCAAGCACUUUGCUGGCUUUUUGUUCCUGAUGCUAAAUUAUGGCUUUCAAAGUUUAUUUUUUAGUUCAAAUUUUUGGAGGACAAAAAUGUCUCACUGUCUCUGACUCCUACAUGUUUUGUACCUUUAAUUGUUUCUCCUCCUCCAUCUUUCCUUUUUAAUUGUUACAUGUUUCUGGUGCUUUAUUUUGGUGGGAAAAAAACUUUUGUGACUUUCUCCUCAAGAAAUUUCAGGUGGGUAGUUAAAGAAGAUUUUCAAUGGAAUUUUCUGGUGAAAGUCUCAUGAUUUUUGUGCAUUUUUCACUGGCCUGUUCCAAUGAAUCAUGCUCUCCUGGGUAUGGUUUUAAAUAUUUCAAAUUUAAGUCUUUUUAGAACAAAUGGCUAUAAAAUGGUUACAGUCAGGGCCCGCAGAGCAGAUAUUAAAACUGCCAGUAGUAGUAUAAAUUUAAGUCUUCUGAAAUGGCUAUAAAUGCAUCUAAAACUGCCAAUAGUAAUAUAAAUUUCUAAUUAUUACAUAGUCAGUUCAAACAACAAGUUACAACCUGGCCCCCUGCCCCACGCUAGACCAAAAUUUAAAUGAAUAGACUUUGACACUAGAUCCAACAUACACAAUGGUUGAGUGUCACCCAAACAUUUUUGAGUCGGAUUCUCUGAAGGUGCCAAAGUUGCCUUUCCGGUUGUCAUUAAGAGCUGCAAACGCAUUGGCAACAUCUACAAGACAAAGUUUGUCUGUUCUCUGUUUGUGGGUGUUCAGUAUCGUCAGAUUACUAGACCUUGUUUGUGAGGUAAGUGACAGAUCUGCAAAAGUGGGGGGCUAAAGCCCCCCCCCCCUGCACGGUCUCUUUUACAGGGGGGGUGAGGAUGGGUGUUAACGUGUUCAGCAUGUUUGAAAAGGGGAAGCAGGGAAACUUAGCUGAUCGGUCUUUUCACUUCUAUCCCAUCCUAUCAAGACUUAAACUGAUAAGAGGAAUUUGUUUGAUGUUUGAACUUAUUCACCCUGCUACUUCUAAGCAAACACUUUGAGGACAAGUAAAAACAAUGAGGAGAUUGAAAUGUGUGACAUUUUUAAUAACAGCCAAUCAAGGGUUUAGCAGGUCUGGAGUGCCAAAUUUGCUGUCAAGUUGUCUGCCCAAGACAAGAGACUUCGCUCUAUGAACUGAUGUGAUCACGAGCCCUGUAUAAUGCUUGAAUUGUUUGUAAUUACAGUUUGCCCUUUUGAUUUUCUUUUGUUUAAGGCUUCAGCUUCCACCCAGAGGGUCAAUGAGUUUGAAACAGAAACAGAAGUCAACCACAUACCUCUUCAAGCACUUGAUAAUCUGGAUAUGUAAGUAAAUGUAAUAGAAAUAUAUUUUCUGAAGUUUUUAAGCAAGAGAUAAUCUGACUCUUGCUUUUUUAUGCUCUCCUCAAUACACUGAAAAUCUCCCCUGUAUUAGAAGUUUUGUUUUUCAGACUUUCGAAAAGCACUUCAAAGAGCUAGCACAUAGAAAAAUUUAUUGUUUAAUGCAUUUACAGCCAAAUUUGUUGUAUAAUGCGCUGCGCAUUUUGCUAUUAUUUGAGGUGGGCUAAUGCAAAUCACAAUGCAAUGUGUUCGCCCAGCUUUGUCUGCUAAAACAAAACUGCAAAUUAAAUGACUCUACACUGCUCAAGAAUAGCGAAGGAAAUUGCCACGGUGAGUGGAAUUUUUGUCAAGGGAAAGAGCCAGAAAUUGCAUCAAUCUUGCAAGUGGGGUAGACAUUCAUAAGAAAGAUCAGAAAAAACUUUGAACCAUUAUUUUGAACUAUUAUUGUCUGAAAAAAGACAAUCACAAGCAACAAACCUUGAAACACAGUUCAAACAAACAAAACGCAUAAAAAUCCACCUAUCACAAAUCACAAACCAUGACCUUUUGAACUUGUUUAAGUAAACAUCUGUUUCCUAAGAGGUCCACUAAAUAAUUGAUGGAACAGAAAAACCCCAAAUUCCUUCAAUGUUUGUAAAACACACAGCAGGAUACAAUGAAUUUGGCUGUAAUGUAUUUAUAAUAAACGAGUAGACUUACAUGCAGUAAAGUAGAUGCAUGCAAUAAUUUGUUUCACAUAACAAUCAAUUUUAGGAACAGGCACAUUGCUGAAGGGGAGGAAGAAGAGUUUGAAGACGAUGACGAAGAUGACACAAUUGAUUACAGUAAGUCUUGACCCCUCAAUUUCCAAGAGUUCAGAAGUCAUGAGAAAUUCAAAAUUUCAUGUAACCCAAAAACAAAUGGAAGUCACGUGAAACGGCUCUUGCUCUGAUAAAGCUAGUAUAAUAGGGUUUAGUUCAUUGUUUGUCUCACAAUAAUAUUUGUCACUUUGAUAUUGGUCACGACAUUUCGACUCACACUGCAGGUCUUCAUCAGUCUAUAGUGUCGAUUUAUGGAGUCGGACUAUUUGUACUAGCAUGGUUGUUAGUGACUGGUGUAUCACGAACCUUGCUCAUGGUUGGUGGGUUUCAAUCCAAAGUGUUGUUGGUAAUAUCAGAGGAGGGAUUAGGAGGAAACUGAUCCCUCAGAUAAUACUAACAAUUCUUUGAGUUUGGUAUGUCUUCAACUUAACCCAUUCGUCAGAUAUUUUUCCAAAAAACGCUAAGCUACAUAUGUAGUUGAGCCUGAUUUUCUGGUCACCAUAUGGCAAAGAAGUAAAAUUAUCCAAAAGGUUGACUGAGUCUUCCUUCUUUUGGUAAAUUAUGGUUUAAAAGACCUGUUUCCCUUGCUUUUCCAUUCUUAACAAAUUAGGCUCCAUCUCGAGGUCCAGCCCCUUACCGUUUUAUAUACCAUUUUUGACAGACAAGGUACCCCUUUCGUAUACCUUCUAUAGACAAAUGAAACCCCUUUCACAUAUCAAGUAUAAAAAUUUGCAUCCUUUACUGGGGUCAGGGUUUCAAACCCUCACCGGCUCACCCAUACCCAAAUAUUGGUCGAGUACCCCCCCCCCUCCCCCCACCCCCACACUUGUAAGAGAUACAAAGGACAUGGUUGCAUAUGGGCAAAGUUCUCAGUGAGUAGUACAGUGAAAGCUCUCACAUGUGGACACCCUCAGGACAUGAAAAAGGUGCCCAUUACUGGAGUUGGCCACUAGUCUUAUUGUUCUCAUACGUGGCCACGAGAGAUGUAAGGGUUAAAUGGCUGCUUACAGGCACUUGCCCAGCUACAAAUAAACAACGGAAUUGCAACAAAACUGAUUUAAAGAGUAGCCGGGUGUGUAUGUGAAAAAAAACACUGAAACUAACUUAAAUUAAUUUUGAUGAUAAACAGCCGUUUGAGGUUGAUACAAACACCAUGUAUAUUAAAAUACAAGAUUCAGAAGUGAAUGAGAUUUAUGGGAGCUUAAAAACAAAGCUAAAAUCUUUAGGGGAAUGUAUAAAUACAGAGUUUGUAUGGGAGUACUUGACACAGGGUUUUGUGAAGGUAGCCGUAAGAAGAGCUGUCUGCUUACUGUGCUGUUCAAAAAUACGCGGACUCUGAAGUUCAAAAGGUGCCUUCACAAUAUUUUUUAAUGCGGUUUUCUCUGCCAUCAAUCAUAAUAAUUGCGAUCACAAGCAACGAACCUUGAAAGACAAAAACACACAAAACAGAUCAAAAUCCACCAGUCACAAACCAUGACAAAGUAAAGUUCUGGGCUCAAUUGUUUGAAAGAUGGAAAGCGAUAACGUAAUUGAAUAUUGAAUACUUAUCCGCUGGAUAGUGAUUUAUCAAGUGGAUAGUGCUAUCCAACGUUUGAACAACCGGCACCUGUUUCCUAAGAUGUCUGCUAAGAUGAUUGACGGCUCAAAAAGCGCAAACGUCAGUUAGCUUUUGAACUUAAGAACUUGCUUGUUUUUGAAAAGCACAGUAAACGAGUGUCCAUUAAGAGAGCUUCCACUGUAUAAUAUUUUUGUGCACAACACAGUUACUUGUAUGAAGCCAAACAUUUUUGACCUCAGCUACUAACUUGUGUGAAGUUUACAUUGCAUGAAAGAUAACUAUUUCUGACAGGGUGAAAUUAUAGUUUGUAAACUUUUCUACUUUUAGGUCAACAGCUAUUGAAUGCAAUGUCACAUCUUAACCAGCAAAACAGUAAUAUGGAUCAAGACAACUCCAGGUAAGUACUAUUUUUAUUUUUCUUUUAUCUAGGCCAUGUUUGUUGAACUUUUAAAAGGACAAUCUCACUCCAGAAAGGACACUAUUUUGAUAAAAAUAUUAAAAUAUGCAUUUUCCCAAGUUAGCCUUAACAUGCAGGUUCUUACAUAAAUGGUAAUUAACACAACUUUUUGCUAUUUACGUGUAGUUUUUUUUUCUGAAGAAAAAAUACAUCGUAGCUAAGAGUAUUUAGUGGUAUUCAGCUUAUUCUGUAUAUAAAAUUGUAUAUGGAUCAAUAUCAAUUUUGCUUAUAUAUUGGCACAUACAUUGCAGUUGGAGUGAUAAGGCACCUAUGUCUCCAAAGAGGAUUUUAAAAAAUAAGAACCAGCUGUUUCAAAUUUUAGGCUAAACAGGUUCUCGUAUAGAGGGGACCUAACUGGCAAAUUUUAACCUAACAGGUUCCUUAUAGGCUGUUCACAAUCCCCAUUUUUCUGUGAGAUCGUCGAGAUAUGGCGCGACUUACUAUCAAUGGCGGCCAUCUUGGUAUGGGACAGAAUGAUAUCACACAUUUUCCAAUGUUUCUGAAUUUUUACCAUCUCAUGAGGAGAAUUUUGUCAUAAUGAGGUGGAAAUCAGGGGCUCAGAAAACAACCAGCAACUAAGAGGAAUGACUGUCAAUUUUUUAUCUGUAAAAUUUAGAAAUGUCUUCAUGGAUAUAGUUUGACUUUUCAUUUGAUUUGAAACUUGUGAAAUAUCCUCUUUCUUCUUUAUGCUUUCAUCGGUAAUUUUUUUUGACAGGUCUGUCUUCCAUAGCAUAAUGCAGCAGGAGAUUGACGAUUUUAAUGAAGAAGAGGAUGAAUAUUUUAAUUAACAGAUCUAUACCCAUAUAUUUAUUAUAUGUAUAAUAUACUAGAAUAAGAAAUGACAAAGACCUUCCUUUACUACCUCAAAAGGUAGUGUCACUCUUUAUGAUAUCUCUGCAUUCUGCAAGGGAGACAACCCUUUGAUGCCCUUUUCUUUUGCAUCAUUUUGGUAAGAUUUCUAACAGUAGCUCACAAGUCCAGUUAACCAGGGAAGUUAAAGUAGCUUUUGAAUUAAUUUUCACCAAUAGCAUUUCAAAAAACAGUAUGGACUUAAGUUCUCUUAACCUGUGCUAGGCUCUCGGUCAGUGCAGACAAACAAAAAAGCAGGCAAGCAGUGAAAAAGCGAGCAAGCGUAAAAUGGCAGAAAGAGAGAAGAGGAGCUGAGAGCCUGUAAGCAUCUUUACAAACACCUCAGUCUGCCCACUUCCAGAAAAACUGUUUCUUGUGUCAAAAUGACAUGUUAAAAUGUCUAAAUGUGCUGUAAAGGAGGGUGUCCACACCCUCACUACGUUUUUUCUUUGUCUAUGCAAGCUGUUGAUGUGAUUGACAUAAACUGUUAAAAUUGACCAAUCAAAGGGUAUACCAGGAGCUGGUAUAUCAGAAUGAGGUAUUGAAAACAUUGAUGACAGGCUCCACUUUCCCAUCUCUCCCCAGCUUCCACGUGGUUUUCGUGUAUCUUUUUUCAGUGCACUUUUCUUACUAUCUUGGAGCCUGGAACAGGCUUAAAUUCUCUCAGGCCUAAUUUUAAAUUUUAUAACAUUACAUGCCAUGUGCUUCUGAUAAACCUACAACCCACAUUGUAGCAUGUAUUCUGCAACAAUCAUAAGUCGUUUGUAGGUUUGAUUUAUACAACUCGUGUCAUAGCAUUAUUGUAAGUACACUGCAUGCAUCAAAGUUGUACUGUACCAUCAGCCUUAAUUCACUCAAAACACUGGGUAAGCUUAGCUGUAACAAGAGCCACAGGUUUUGGCUCUGACAGCCCCACUGUACUACAUAACGUGUGGAUCUAGUGGCAAUGUACCCACAGGAUGACAAGUUAGCAAUUUUACUUGACCGGGAAAUUAGAAUUUUUCCAACAAACACAAAUACUUGUCUUGCAAUGAAUUUUGCAUUUAAUUGAAAAAUAUUAUUUAAAUAGAACAUUACAAGGUUUCUGCCUGGACAAGUUCCAUGAUACAAAGGUAGCAGUUAUAACUAACAUUACAAGUAAAGCAAACUGAAAAGCAC